GGGAAGUGACCAAACGUUUUGAGUCACAGCAGCGCCGCAGCGAAUGGGAUGUUUGCACACGAACCCCCCUUAUCGCACGCUGACCCAAGGACCUUGAUCGGAUAAAUAUCCCGCGCGGGCGAGCAGCUCGCCAUUCCCCGGAGGAGACGAGCGCGAUACUGGCGUCCCCAGGCGACAUGGCUCCAUCACUCCUCGCAACGGCAGGUGGACUCCUGCUGCUUUUCUCCUUCUCGUCGGCGCAAACCAGAGGAGACAGCAUCGCCACGUGCACCAGAAACGACGGCUUUGGGGAGUACUGUCCCACCACAUGCGGAGUGUCUGACUACAUGCUGAGGUACAUGCCGGCCGUGGAGAGGGAUUUGGAAAGAUUGCAGCAGCAACUUGAGUCAAUCGCCAAUUUCACGAAGGAGACGGAGGAGACCGUCGUCUACAUGAAGGACUCUGCGCUUUCAGCCCAGAAGACCUCGCAGCCAGAUAUGUACUACAAAAAAUCCCAAAGUAUGUUGGAUGACAUCCGUCGAUUUGAACAGACCGUCAUUGCACAGGAGCAGCAAAUAAAUGAUCUUCAGAAUUUAAUUUCCUCCAACGAGAGGAGAAUGUCAGACUUGAAGCAACUCUCCGUCAACUUGCAGCAGAAAUGCAGUGAGCCCUGCAAGGACUCGGUGGAGAUCCAGCCCCUCACAGGAACAGACUGCCAGGAUAUUGCGAACAAAGGCGCCACCAUCAGUGGCCUCUAUUAUGUGAAGCCAGCUAAAGCCCCCGAGCAGUUCCUGGUCUACUGUGAGAUUGACAGCUUCGGACGCGGCUUUACGGUCAUACAGAGGAGACGCGACGGCAGCUUGGACUUCAAGAAGGACUGGAUCCAGUACAAGAACGGCUUCGGCUACCUCUCGCCGGACGACACCACGGAGUUCUGGCUCGGCAACGAGAAGAUCCACCUCCUGACGGCCACCACCACCAUGCCGACCGUGCUGAGGAUAGAGCUCGUCGACUGGGACGGCAACAAAAAACAUGCCGACUACACCAUGUUCCGAGUCGGACCCGAGAUCGACAUGUACCGCCUGACGUACGGGUACUACUUCGGGGGCGACGCCGGAGACGCCUUCGACGGCUUCGACUUUGGGGACGAUCCCAGCGACAAGUUCUACACGUCCCACAACGGCAUGCAGUUCAGUACCUUCGACAAGGACAACGACAAGUACGGGGGCAACUGCGCCGAGCAGGACGGCUCCGGCUGGUGGAUGAACAGAUGUCACGCCGGACAUUUGAACGGCAAAUACUACCAGGGUGGCAGGUACACGGAAAAGGACGCAGGAGAAUUUGGCUUCGACAAUGGCAUUAUCUGGGUUACGUGGCACAACCGCUGGUACUCCCUGAAGGAGACGACCAUGAAGCUCAUUCCGCUCAGCCGCAUCACGGCGGGCGGUGGGCAGCAGACCGUGAAACAGUUCCCUGGACUUGAGUUCUAAAAAGAAGAGAAAUGAGCUUUUGCUCCUGAAAUUUUGUCUUGAAAAUGUGUCUGCCUUUUCCUAAAUGUAAUGGGACGAAAUGGCUCUCAGCUUGAGGUGCUCAAAGCGUCAAUAAAUGUAUUUGAAAAACUCAACGGCAACGACCCUUUCCGGACAUCGUGACCUGGUCACUCGAUGGCAACGAGCAGGCGUUGUUGAGAGCAGUUUAACGUGUGAAGUUCCACAAAACUGUUCGCAACAAGGUAUGCACCUUAAAAAGCGUCACCAUCUGUAAGAGAAAAAACACUCGCUGACUUUGUGAUGCGUGAUGUUUGUACCGGUUUUACUGAUCUGACUUGGCAGGACACUGUUUGUCCUCAGUGUUGUUUUUAGAAAUAAAUCUUUUCUUAAAAUGCUCA